GAGCCUCCUUCUUUCCUCCCUCUGAUUCAGGGCUGUCAUGGCGACCCCCCACAACCUGACCCCCACCAACUGCAGCUGGUGGCCCAUCUCGGCGCUGGAGAGUGAUGCGGCCAAGCCGGUGGAGGCCCCUGACGCGCCCGAGGCGGCCAGCCCCGCCCAUUGGCCCAAGGAGAGCCUGGUUCUGUACCACUGGACCCAGUCCUUCAGCUCGCAGAAGGUGCGGCUGGUGAUCGCCGAGAAGGGCCUGGCGUGCGAGGAGCGGGACGUGAGCCUGCCGCAGAGCGAGCACAAGGAGCCGUGGUUCAUGCGGCUCAACCUGGGCGAGGAGGUGCCCGUCAUCAUCCACCGCGACAACAUCAUCAGCGACUACGACCAGAUCAUCGACUACGUGGAGCGCACCUUCACCGGGGAGCAUGUGGUGGCCUUGAUGCCUGAGGUGGGCAGCCCACAGCACGCGCGGGUGCUGCAGUACCGCGAGCUGCUGGACGCACUGCCCAUGGACGCCUACACGCACGGCUGCAUCCUGCACCCCGAGCUCACCACCGACUCCAUGAUCCCCAAGUACGCCACCGCCGAGAUCCGCAGACAUUUAGCCAAUGCCACCACGGACCUCAUGAAAUUGGACCACGAAGAGGAGCCCCAGCUCUCCGAGCCCUACCUUUCCAAACAGAAGAAGCUCAUGGCCAAGAUCCUGGAGCAUGAUGAUGUGAGCUACCUGAAGAAGAUCCUCGGGGAGCUGGCCAUGGUGCUGGACCAGAUUGAGGCUGAGCUGGAGAAGAGAAAGCUCGAGAACCAGGGCCAGAAAUGUGAGCUGUGGCUCUGCGGCUGUGCCUUCACCCUCGCUGACGUCCUCCUGGGGGCCACCCUGCACCGCCUCAAGUUCCUGGGACUGUCCAAGAAAUACUGGGAAGAUGGCAGCCGGCCCAACCUGCAGUCCUUCUUUGAGAGGGUCCAGAAGCGCUUUGCCUUCCGGAAAGUUCUCGGUGACAUCCACACCACCCUGCUGUCGGCCGUCAUCCCCAACGCGUUCCGGCUGGUCAAGCGGAAACCCCCAUCUUUCUUUGGGGCGUCCUUCCUCAUGGGCUCCCUGGGCGGGAUGGGCUACUUUGCCUACUGGUACCUCAAGAAAAAAUACAUCUAGAGCCGGGCCCGGGCUUGGUGUCUGACUGUCGGUGUCUGUGCUGCGUGAUUCUCACGAGCUCUCAGUAACGCACUGUCUCAUGAACACUGGACAGCCCAUCCCCGCCCCUUGUCUGGAGUAAUUCUAUCGUCAAUGUGAAAACAUUCCAUAGUUUAGAAGUAGAUGUCGCCAAUGCCGUGAGUUGAGGCCAUGGCUCUACUAAAGGAGAGAGUGAGUGUGAGAGAGAACAGAAACAAAACACAAAUGCCUUUGCUUUUGAUCCAAGCUCUCAAGAUGGAACUGUGGGGACUGGUUAGGAUCUGAGGUGAGUCCCAGGCCAUUUCAUCCACCAGGGCCCAGAUUCUGGGAGGUGCUGGGGGCUUGGAGGGCCUGACCCCUUGCCUCCCCUUCCCUCUUGCCCAGGGAAUUCUUCCACAAGACAAAGCCAACAUCAGGACUCGACUCUUCUAAGUGGUACCUCCGGGUGAGGCUGGAGACCCGGAGACCCCACGGGAGGCCCCUGAAGAUCGGAAGGGCCCUCUUUCUUCUCCUGGACGUGGACUGAGACAGCACUGCCUGGAGCCAAGGCAGCGGCACCCAACCACGAGGCCAUGUCUGGGAUGACACCACAAGCCCACUCUCUCAUUCCCUCUUGAUUUAGCGAGUGUGUUUGGUUUGGCAUUUUUACCAGUAAUCCCUGAGGGUAGCAUCCAUCAUCCUCUUCCCACCUGGAGUUGAGUUUUCCCAUCAUGUGAGGAAGACUUUCAGUAAAAGCCAUGUUGACCUUUUCUCAGAAGGUCAGCCCCAGCCCCAGUGCAGGUGUGGGUCUGGAGGUGGAUGGACCUCGAUCCCUCUCCUAACCUCCGCCAAAGCCAUCUCCUUUAAUGCCCACCUUUCCCAUCACUCAUGGGGUUCCCCCCGUGCCCCACCAUGCCAUGCAGGGGGGUCUCUGCAUCCAUGCUGGCCAUCCUGGUUGUGUAUCACUUUCCCGUGCCUUUUGCACGUUGGGAGAGGGUCCCGGUGUCACUGCCACUCACGCUCAGACACCACUGAAAGCCCCAAUAAAGCAUCCAGGAGGAGCAGCUGCUUUUCAUUUCUAAAGCUGUGUCGUCCAUCAAGCUCUCAUUUCCAAAAGUUCGGGGCAGCGGGGUGGAGACCUGAGGUUCAGACUCAGUGCCCCACAAGAGCAAGCAAGAGUUGAGUUCAGGUCUCAAGCCGCUGGCUGUGGGGAUGGCUUCUGGAUAGACUUUGCAAAGUUCUCACCUUGAUGUAAACCCACCUCGCUGGGACACAGUGCUUCACGGUUUACAGAGCGUGUCCACGACCAUUCGCUCCCGUUAACCUGUACGUGGACCUUCAGGGGGCACCUGGGGCACAUGCCCCCACAACUUCCCAGAGGGAAAAACGUUAAAAUGCCCAGAGAACAUUAAACCAGGAGUAUAAUCUGUGGAACAUAAGGCAUAGUUUUAUUUAUUUUUCAAAAAUGUAUAAGAAUUUGCCCACGUUUGCAUCAAGAUGAAAAAGUAGCCAGGGCCAAGACAGGGCAA